AUGAAAUUUGGAGAAACGUUCACGGAAUAUCUACAUGGAGAAGAGAAAUGGUUCCUAGAAAAAUAUCGGCAUGUUGAGUAUAAGAAACUCAAGAAAGUAUUAAAGAAAUGCAAGACAUGUAACUCCACAAGAUCUGGUGAUGAACACACCAUCUCAUCGGAUACUUCUUUGUCUGAUUCAUGCCAAUGCCAAUCUUGCCCUUCGUGUGAUCAGAUGUUCUUUGAGGAGUUGAUGAAGGAAGCUUCUGACAUAGCGGGAUGCUUCAAGUCAAGAGUCAGGCAUCUUCUCCAUCUUCAUGUAGCCACUGGGAUGCAAAGAUACAUGAUGCGUAUAUGCAGAUGCUUCACGGACGAAAAACAAUCUUUAAUCCAUGAGGGCCAAAUCUUGAUUCAAUACAUAACAAUGAACGCAAUUGCCAUUCGUAAAAUCCUCAAGAAAUAUGACAAGGUGCAUAGCUCAGUGAAUGGAAAGAAUUUCAAGCUGAAAAUGCGAGCAGAGCGCAUAGAGCUUUUGCACUCACCUUGGCUUAUAGAACUUGGAGCCUUUUAUCUCAACUCUGGUCUUGAAAAACUUGGAAACUUCAAGAACUCGUUUGGUCGCGUCACGUGUGAUAAUCUCAACGAAGAUCAACCAAUGAUGAAACUCAUGCUGCCUAACUCAAUAGAGCUGGAGUUUGAUCUAACUUGUGCAAUCUGCCUGGAAACGGUAUUUAAUCCGUACGCUUUAAAGUGUGGUCACAUAUUUUGUAAAGCGUGUGCAUGCUCGGCUGCUUCUGUAAUGAUCUUCCAAGGCGUUAAAGCCGCGCCACAACGUUCCAAAUGUCCCAUAUGUAGAGAGGUUGGAGUUUAUGCGGAAGCGGUUCACAUGAUCGAGCUGCACCUUCUGUUAAAGAUACGAAGCAAAGAGUAUUGGAAGCAGAGGAUACUGGCGGAACGGUCUGAGAUGGUGAAGCAGUCGAAGAUGUUUUGGAACGAACAAACGAUGCAUAUGAUUGGUUACUAG